AUGGCAUAUGAUCGUUUUCUGGCUAUAUGUCGGCCAUUACAUUACCCUAUCUUCAUGAACUUGAAGCUGUGCACACAGUAUGCCAUUGGCAUCUGGCUUACUGGCUCACUACAUUCAAUGAUACACACCGCAUUAACCUUCAGGCUGCCAUUUUGUGGUCCCAAUAGGAUUGACUACUUUUUCUGUGAUGUUAUUCCUAUACUGAAGCUUGCAUGUGCAGACACGACUAUCAACAAGGCAAUAAUAAUAACCAACAUUGGGGCCAUUGCCUUAAUCUGCUUUCUCAUAAUCUUGAUAUCAUAUGUCUACAUCUUAAAAACUAUCAUGAAGAUCAAGAGUUCUGAAGGCCGAAGGAAAACAUUCUCCACUUGUGCGUCACACGUGAUUGCUGUAACUUUCUAUUAUGGACCCCCUGUCUUCAUUUAUUUGAGUCCUAACUCUAUGAACUAUUUAAUAGAAGAAGCUAUUGCUGUUUUCUAUACUCUGGUGACCCCCAUGUUGAAUCCAAUUAUUUAUUCUUUGAGGAACAAUGAGGUAAAGACAGCUCUGAAACAACUGAAAUGCGACAAAUAG